AUGCUGGCCAACAACCUGUGUCCAUCGGAAGAAGCUCCUAACUAUGCUCAGUUUCAAGUGAUCAAACCAACUUGUGAGGCGUUUCAAGAAUGGAAUCCAGCUGCUGCAGCUCCUGUGCAGUAUCCUCAGGCUCAGCAAUUCCCAUUUCUUUUUCCACAAUCCGAAUGGUCCUACCCGACUCAUCUCCAGCUGCAGCAACCAGCUAUGCUUCAACCGCACGAAAUGAAGGUUGACACCGAGCGACCUGAAGUGAUCCAACGGCUUCCUCAUCCAUGGCCAUAUCCGUUCCCGAACGAAGAUGCGGCUCAUUCACAACUUUCCGACGAUUCUGAACCCGGCUGUCCCGACGAUUUGGAGGCUUUCGCCAAGCAAUUCAAACAAAGGAGGAUAAAACUCGGUUACACUCAAGCGGACGUCGGUUUGGCAUUGGGAACCCUGUAUGGGAAUGUGUUUUCUCAGACGACCAUUUGUCGAUUCGAAGCGCUCCAAUUGUCGUUCAAGGUGGUUCGAGUUUGGUUCUGUAAUCGACGGCAAAAAGAGAAGCGAAUGACGCCUCAGUUCGAUCAACAGAUGAUGAUUACCAGUCCAUAUCCGCCCUCGGAUAUCUUCUACCCAAGCGGUUUACCGAUUAAUCCUACCCAAUUCGAGCUUCGAACAGGCUCCGGAUCCGCGUGA